GUCGUUCAUUAUUUUAUUGUAGAACAGUUUUUUUAUUGUUUUACAUGCAAUAAUUCAUUUGAUAAGCUUCAUAAUUUAUAUACGUUAUUUCUACUAUCGGAUUAUUGUAAAAUAAUAGAUCAAAGAAUAAUGAAAAGAUUUAAGAUAUAUGAAAAGUCAAUCAGAAUAAAAAAGAUUUAUAUGGACAAAGAAAUGUAUCGGUCCGUCAUAGAUAUUGUUAUCACUGCAAUACACGCAUACAAUAAUGAUUAUAACAAGAUGAAAGUAUUUAUUAAGGAGAAAUUGGAUCAGAAGUAUUCUCCAAAGUGGCAAUGUAUCAUUGAUCAUAAUUUGAACAGUUUGCCUCCGGAACCAGCUGAAUACCUUAUCCUCUUCAGAUGUCACGAUACUGAUUAUUUCAUUUUUAAAACAAAUCAGAUGUGAAAUCCAUCAUAUCCCUGUGUUUCGUUAUUAUCUCGCAAACACUACUCACUUUAUAUGUAAUCGUAUAUCAAAAGAUAGAAAUAAUACACUUCUAUAACAGUCUCAAGUUUUUAUUUAUUCAUAAUAUAAUUUCGUAUUUGUUGUACAAUAAUAAACAGUUCUGAAUUUUCAGUGAGUUGGUUAACUCAUGAUAUACACGUGGACGAAGUUGACAGACUUACUGUUAGUAAUGACAGUAAGAAUAAUGAUAGCUGGUGCUUGCUGAUUACUUUGACACUACACUGCAUAAGAAAUUACGACUUGGUGGAGACUAAUUCAAGUUUUAAUGCCAUCAAUCCAAUUACAAAUACUACUACUACUAUCAUGGAAUGAAGCAACCGUCAUAUAUAUAUAUAUAUAUAUAUAUAUAUAUAUAUAUAUAUCUUUGUACAAAUCUAAUGUUUACACCACUGUCAUUUGUAGACGUACUUAUAACGGAAGUGGAGCAAAUAGUUUAAUUGAAGUGAUUGGAGCCAACAGAUAGUUAUCACAACCUACUUUACUCACGAAGAAAGCAAUACAACAGUUUAUAUUUGCUAGAAAACUAUAAUUUCUUGUGUAUUUGUGUUUAUUUUUAAAUAGUUGAUUACUUAUAAUAUUUUUAAUAAAACAAACUUUUUUUGCUUUUAUUUCUCACAACUAGUGUAGUACUUCUCUUAAGUGAAAAAUCACUAGUGAUUUGUUUAUUCAUCAUUCUCAACUCAGCAGAUUCUCUUCAACUACUCAUCAGUGAGAUGUCUAUUCCUAAAGCUCACAUACCGAAAAUAUCUAAUCAUUUGAAUCUAAUAAAAAAAGAACCAAAAAUCAUUAAAACUUUCAGUAAAUAAUGGUUUCUUGUCCAUUUCUUUUGACACCACUCAAAAAUAUUCCUUAUUCUUCAUUCAGCAGCUAUCCAAAACAAGACACAGAUAUGUAUUGCUUUCCACCAAAAAUGAUUAAUUUCAUCUGGAUUUACAACUGUUUUAAUCGCCCAGUUGCAUCAAAUGACCUAUAAAUGAACUUGCGCACUGAUUUAACGUGCUUUCAAGUAAACACUGUGCAAUUCUUCAACGAAAUGAAGAUAUACUUCAGAUUAUCACCUUACAUGUAAAUUCUGUAUGAAGAAAAAAGCAUUUUGGAACU